UCUUGAAAAGUUGUAUUGACAUUCUUUGUUCGGAGUGACAAAAGUUAAGUGGCGACUUUCGUGGCGGCGGAACGCAGUGUGAAUUGCCUCUUCAGAGCGGACAGUGUGGGAGGUCGUGGCGACACAGUGGAUCGGGUCUCGGCCAUUCACGGAGACGUCUGGCGACAUCGGAGCAGCAAUCUUCCCAUCAAGCGGACGUCCAGCGAUUGAGCAGAGUGUGAGAAGAUGUGCAUCGGUUUCCACCAGAGCUCGAUCCACCACGAGGAGGGAAACCGUCGGCCCCUUAACUGAUUCCUGUUGACGAGUCAGUCAGCACGCUGAUUUUCUACGACGUAAAGACGGAGCUGGGAUGGAGAUGAGCUCGGCGUGGUCGGAGAGGCCUCCAGAGCUGACGAUGGCGCUGGUCUCCGGCCUCCAGCAGGACGGCGACUCCGCACUGGGGGACGACUCGGCGGGGUCUGUCAACGCGACGCUGGCGCCGCCCAGCUUCCCGCGGCCGCUGCUCACGUUCGCGGCGGUGGCGACCAUCACGAUCCUGGUGGUGGGCGUGCUGGGCAACCUGCUCACCGUCGUCGCGCUGCUGAGGUGUCCCAGGGUCCGAAACGUCGCCGCCGCCUUCAUCAUCAGCCUGUGCGUGGCGGACCUGGUGUUCUGCGCGCUGGUGCUGCCGUUCAGCGCGUCGCGCUUCGUGUCGGGCACCUGGGUGCACGGCGACCAGCUCUGCCAGCUGUUCCCGCUGAUGCGCUACGGCAACGUGGGCGUCUCGCUGCUCUCCAUCGCCAUGAUCACCAUCAAUAGGUACAUAAUGAUCGCGCACCACGGCUGGUACGGCCGCAUCUACCGGCGCCACUGGAUCGCCGCCAUGAUCGCCUUCUGCUGGCUCUUCAGCUACGGCAUGCAGCUGCCCACGCUGCUCGGCGUCUGGGGCCGCUUCGGCUACGACGCGCUGCUGGGCUCCUGCUCCAUCCUGGAGGACUCGUCGGGCCGCUCCUCCAAGACGGCGCUGUUCGUGCUGGGCUUCCUGGUGCCCUGCGUCGUCAUCGUCGCCUGCUACGCGCGCAUCUUCUGGGUCGUCCACGAGUCAGAGAACCGGAUGCGGUCGCACCAGUCGGCGGCGCAGGCUCCCACCCCCGGGGGCGGCGGCAAGGGGCUGACGCCUGGGGGCGGCGCCGGGGGCGGCGGGGGCGGCCAGCAGCAGCGGCACGCCGCCAGGGACGUGCGCGCGCGCCGCAACGAGUGGCGCAUCACCAAGAUGGUGCUGGCCAUCUUCCUGUCCUUCGUGGUGUGCUACCUGCCCAUCACCAUCGUCAAGGUCGCCGACCACCGCGUGCGACACCCGGGACUGCACGUGCUGGGCUACAUCAUGCUGUACCUGUCGGCGUGCCUCAACCCCAUCAUCUACGUCAUCAUGAACAAGCAGUACCGACAGGCGUACAAGACAGUGCUGCUGCUGCGCCGGCCGCGUCUGCUGUCGCUGACGCCCACUGCCAACAACAGCAGCUGCCAAGACAAGUCCAAGGACGCCAUCAGCCGCACCAUGGUGUCCCAGGUGAGCAUAGCCAUGGGGCCCAUGGUUCCACACAGGAACGACAGGAACGACGAGCUGCCCGAAGUGUUCGAAGAGCCGUGACGUCACACGCCUGCCUGGCGUCGGCAACAAUGGCACCACGCUCGAGCGACACGUGACCGGGGCGACAAUGGGAAGUCGCCGGAUGCGGCAUACACCACUCACUGCAUCCCUUCCCAACACUUUGAAGCGUGCGGGCGUCCGCUACAAAAUCUGAAGUGGACUUAACGUCGGUAAAGAGUCGGACUGCCAAAGAGUUUAUCUGUUACCAAAGAUAUAAACGUUUAAUACUGGAGCUUAUUGUUGAUUUCAGAUUAUUUUCAAAGUGACAAUAAAGACAAAGAAUGUGAUUCUUCAGCUAGGUAGUAAACCACUACCUUCGGACAGUAACAGCAGAAUCAUUGUACGAAAAUUUUCACAGGCUAUAUUACCAUUUUCCUAUAAUUCUACGUGCUGUACUGUACUACAGUUGUUUUUAAUUACCUGCUUCCACUGCGUCAGAGUAGUAGAAAAUAGUUCACAACGAAGACAAACCACGCCACACAUAUUCGUUGUUGCUAAAUGUAUUGCGUAUUCUACACACACACUGUCAUCCAAGAAAUCUGUUCUCACUCAUAUUUGUAGUUACUUCGAACGUGUACUUGCUGUGAAAAUUGCUCAUUGACUUUGUGCAGCAAAUAUACGUGUACUGCAAAUUCCAAAUGGGAGAAAAUCGUGUGUUUGAUGGAGCGAAAAUCAGCAGUAUUUCAAGACGUACCAAAGAUGUAAACGUUUACCUUUUUAGAACUGGAACUUCCAAGUGAUUGGGUAACUUUACAAUAGAAAAUCAGUUUGAGAGAGAGAGAGAGAGAGAGAGCAUUUACAUGUUAACAGCUGAAGGCUUCUUGUAGACCAGUGCUGAAGUUUUCACACACCCUCAAUUUCAUUUGAGGUACCGCACUAUGAUUCUCAUUACGUGUUCUGCCAUUCCUCGAGCGUGCUGGAAAUUUGUUUACAACAGUGCAGAGAAAGAACUAGUAGUUAAAUUCUAGUUCUCUGCUCAUGUGUCUUCCACGUUUCUACCACAGGAAUACCAGAUACACUGUACAUCACAAAUAGGAAAAGCUGCAAAGCAUACGCCACCUCCUGCUAAUUACUUAUAUUUCCUCAUAGAUUAUACACACGAAUUUAAGACUGUAUGAAAUGUGUCCCUGGUGAUAUAUGGACGUUUGGCAUUUUUGUGCAAAAAAAAAAACAACCAUUGUGUUCUUGAUGAAUUACCAACCACAUACUUUCUGCAACCAGUGUUCCACAGAUUUUUAAACCUUUUAAGAAACCAGCAAUAAACUGGUGCAAGGAUGUAUUCUUUACUGUGGAGAAUACUUUUGAUCCGAAUGUCACCUACAGUCGACGAAGGCUGUGGGAGUUUGAUGCAUUGAUAACUUCCAUCACUGAACGUGAUUUUUUGGUCGAAGCAAGUCUCAACUAAAAAUAAAAUAUUCUUGAAGCAGCUGUUGCGUGUUUAAUAAUGACAUAUUUAUUUCGAGUAUUAAUGGGUUGUACAUGUAAAGACUUCACGUGUUGAUGUUUUUUAGUUAAGGCUGUUACGUUUUGUUUUCCUAGUUUUUUCCAGGCAAUAACGGAAAUAAGCUAAGUGGUCACUGACUAGGUAUCAGAACAUUCCUUCAUGACAGUCUAGACACGAAGGCAUCGGACUGAUAACAGAGUCAUGAUAUUCGAUUUCACAUGGACCAUUGUCUCAACUGGAGCUUGUGACGGGUGAUAAGAUGUUGUAUUGUAUUGUAUUAUAUGGAACUGGGGACCUAGAAACGACGGAGAGGCUUCGUCCUCGCCGUAGCCCUCAGUGGUUCACAACCCCGCAACAUGCCACAGCAGUCCACCCACCCAACCGCCUCCCCACACCGAACCACUCUUUCAGGGUUAUCGUGCGAUUCGGCCCACAGAGAACACCCCCGGGAACGUCUCAGACCAGACGAGCGUAACCCCAAUGUUUGCGUAGUAGAGUAAUGAUGGUGUACGCGUGGAGAACGUGUUUGGGCAGCAAUCGCAGACAGCGUAACUGAGGCGGAAUAAGGGGAACCAGCACGUAUUCGCCGAGGCAGAUGGAAAACCGCCUUAAAAACCAUCCACAGGCUGGCCGGCGCACCGGACCUCGACACUAAUGCGCCGGGUGGAUUCGUUCUGGGGUCCGGCACGCCUUCCAGCCCGGAAAGCAGUGCGUUAGAUCGCACGGGCGAUAAGAUGUCUUAGAAAACAUUUCAGAAUACAGCGUAGACCACUCCCAUAAAAAUUGCUUCUUCCAAUAUACAGUUUCUGCCAGUCAGUGCUCUCUCAAUAAUUAAUUAUUGGCUAUCUCAAUUUCAACUUCUGAGCCGUUAUCAGUGGCCCGUAACUUUCUUGGCCGACGGCUGCGUGAUAGUUCGAUAAGAGCAGUAAUCUAUGCCUAAACUGGAUAUCCAACUCAGCUGUUUAACCAGCCAAAGACCCUCACACCACGCAGUGCCACUAGAAUGCGAAACAAAACACGUUCCUAUUCUGUGCCAACAUACUCCUAUGACACCACGUGUUCCAGAUUUCUGCAGAACAACACGAUGGACUGUUUCAGGACUAGCACAAAAGAACGGUGAUAAUUCUGCUGUACCAGUUCAAAAAUUAGCCUGCAAUUCAGACGUUGGCAGUACGAUCCGAAAAUUGAUCCUGCUUUAUGUCACUUGUGUCUCACCCACACAUUUCACUGUCGUGCAAAAGAACGCCACGAGAUGCAGCAGAAAUCCCUAAAUUAUCUAAUAUAUUAGCGAAACCUUUAAAUAGGUGUAACUCGUAAAAUCGUGUGUUAUAAGCAAUGCACAACAAAGUUGACAUCGUUUUUUGAGACAUGCCACCACUAACAAAUGCUACGAAUAAACAAAGAAUAUACUUAUAAAAUAUAAACUGAUAUUAAAAUUUGGAAUGCCACUUACACCUCAGUCGAAAAUUAAGUACAUAUUAACAUACUUGAUAACUGACGUCACGCAUUGACUACUAACAACUAUGUUGCCAGUCAGUGCCAUGUACUCCAAAAGUGAAUGUAUUUUCUUAAAUUUUGAGUUUUCAGGAAAAUUAUCCGUACUUGUAGUCGCUACGUGUAUCCAUUUUGACAAUGCAGAUACAUGUGUAGGGUGACACAUUUCGGGAACGUUGCUUAUCAGUUUCCUGCAGGAUAUACAUAGUCAUGGCACAGAGCGAACGAAUUAUUGCUGGCGCAUUAAAUCUUCGUGGAUUUCUUUAAACGCGCUGGAACUAUAAAUAUUAAUAACUCAAUCAAUUAUCAAAAAAUGUGGUGAUAAAAAAAAACUUACCAUCUGGAGGAACAAAACCACGAAAGAGAUUGUAAAAUUUGUAGCAAACGCGAAGAAAAUAAUUAUUCUGGUUAUAUACAUCUCUUCAAAAGAAAUAUUGCAAUAUCCUGCUGAUCUGACAAUCACUGCUUCGAUAUUUUUGUAGUCCACGACAUUAGUUUUAUAGCCUGAAACGGAUAAAUAAUUCUUAAACACGUACACACCGAUGGAAAUAUUUUCUCCGACAACAACAUGACGGAGGUUGCAAAGCACAACAAGCAGAAAGACCGAUGAAUUUCAGUGCUGAAAGACAGAAUUCUGCAUCCAGAUAGUACAGAGAGCACUGAAUAUGAGUGACCGUAUCCUCAAGACUUCUACUAGAGUCCACAGCAGGAUCUUCGACGAUAUGUUUACUCCAAGAGUCCUCUGGUGGCAGCUUUGAGAAUGAGUUCACUCUUAACAUACUCUGACGCACACAUCUGCCAAGGACCACUUUGGGCUAGUGAUAACGUCUGAGAAGACGAAACGUAAAGAGCCAAUAAAUACAAAUUGUGUGAGCACUGACUGGUAUAAACUAUAGAGACUAAGUUAAUGAGCUCGCCAAUG